AUGCCUGUUGCCGUUCCUAAUGCGCACCAUUUCUCCACUCAUCGAUGCCUUCACUAUGAGCCAUCACAUCACCCCCGAGUCAUCAUUCCACCGCCACCCCACCCCUCACCUGCAGGGCACUCACCGGCCUUGGAGCGCGCAGGCAAGGCACGCCCUUGCAGGCCUGGUUCCUGCCGGCGCUUCCUGCCAGCGUUUGAGCGCAUAGGGCGGGUGUGCCACGUGUACCUCACUCCAUCUGACGUCUUCCUCCUUCACAACGUGCUCUCUGCUGACGGUGUGCAGGCCAUCGCACAGUUCCCCACUAUUCAUCUCUCGCUUCCUCACAUGCCCUUCAUCCUAACUUGUCCUCACACGUCUAAGGCCAUGUCCUCCUGUCCUCCUUCCCGAUUUCCCACCUCCAGACCAAGCUACUCUCGGAGCACAUCAUCAGCAGCGCCUUUUCGGGUUCCCCCCCUUCCCCCUCCUUUCGUCCAUCUGCACUCCUCCUCCCUUCCCCCCCAGGUCGAGCUAUCUCACAAGCAAAGCCGAGCUCUUCUCGGAGCACCUCAUCAGCAGCGCCAGUUCCGAUCGCAUUGCCUUCUCGCUCGACCUCUCUCUGCUCGCCCGCGCCCUCUAGAUUUCCUUUCCCCUUCCUUGCGUUCCCUCUCCCCUCAGAGAGAGCUAUUCUCAGAGCAUCUCAUCAGCAGCGCCAGCGCGGAUCGCAUCGCAUUCUCGCUCGACCUCUCACUCCUCGCCCGCGCCCUGCGCUCCUCCCUCGCCACCGCCGCCACGCGCCACCAGCUGAAGCUCGUCAAGAAGAGCACCAACCCCUCUGCGCCCGCGCUGCCCUUUCUGUCCCUAGAGGCCAAGCUCGAUCCCCCUCCCCUCCCUUCACCCACCCAGGGCGAGCGGUUGGGCAUCGUGAAGGGCAUCCCCAUCUCCUGGACGUGUGAAGCAGUGGGCGAGCGCUCCAGCAUAGUGCAGGACAUUCCCAUCUCGACGCCCAGGGGCGAGCGGUCGAGCAUCGUGCAGAGCAUCCCCAUCUCCUUGCCUGGUGAGCAUCACCUGGGCGAGCGGUCAAGCAUAGUGCAGGACAUACCCAUCUCGACGCCGCUGCCGCGCUCGCAGCUCAACGAGAUGCAGGCUAGCAUCGACCUCGUGCACUCGCUGCCUGAGACCCUGGUGCAGCUGCCUCACCUGCUGUCCCUGCGCCACCUGGUGGAGCAACUGAAUGACGUGGCUGACGUGCCAACUGUCCCCUCCCCUUGCCUUUCCCCCUCUCUCCCCUUCCAGACCCUGGUGCAGCUACCAGAUCUGCCCUCGCUGCGGCACCUGGUGGAGCGACUACAGAGUGUGGGCGACGUGGCUGACGUGGCAACAAUGAGGAGCGGUGCACUCGCCAUGCGCACCUACACGCCCUCCAUCACCGUUGCUGCCCAGUUCAAGAACCUCAAAGUCUUCGGGGCUCGCUCAGAGAGCCAGCAGAGUGGGGCGGGAGUGGGGGAGGGCAGCAGGCAAGGGGGAGGUGCAGAUGACGAUGCAGACAUAUCGGGGCUGUCCACGCGGCUCAGGCAGAUGCAAGCUACAGGCGAUGCUACAGUCGUGGCUUGCAUCUAA